AACAAGGUAUGUAUUUCAAUCGUUUUUUUGUUCGAGCAGUUGGAUUACUCUAUUUCUAGGGUUUCUUGUUAGCUUUUUGAAAUGAUAUCGGACGACGAUCGUGAAUUCGGUAAAGGAUCGGAUAAGGUAGAGGAGAAUGUUGCGAGCCCUAGGGUUUUGGGGGAUUCUAGUGGUAGCUCUGAUGAAGAGAAUAGAAUAAAUUCGGGAGUCUGUAAUGAUGAUAAGGUUUCUCCGAUAGACCUGGAUUUGGGAGUUCCAGGUGUCGAGGGUGAUGUUAAGGAUUCGGGAAAUGAGAGAUCUGAGGAGGAUAGGGCUAUGGAUUAUGUGGAGGAUAAUGGUAGUCUAGAUGAGGACAGGGGUGAAUCUGGGGGUUUUGAAGUGAAAAAUGAGAACUUGAGUGAUGAUCAAAUUGUGGGGCCUGAUGAUGAUCCAUUAAAUGAUCAGAAUAAUAAAAUUGAUGUUAAAUUUGAGGUAGAAGAGGAUACAGUAUCAACGGUUGAUAAAAAUGAAGAGGUGGAUAAGUUUAGUGAUCCGGAGUUCAAGUCUUUGUUGUCUGAGUUUGAUGAUUAUGUGGCCAAUGACAGAAUAGGAGGAGGAACAUCUAGGGCAUUGAGUUACGGGUUUGAAGUAGGUGAUUUGGUGUGGGGAAAGGUUAAAUCGCAUCCAUGGUGGCCAGGGCAUAUAUUCAAUGAAGCUUUUGCUUCAUCCUCUGUGCGUAGAACAAGGAGGGAAGGGCAUGUCUUGGUUGCUUUUUUUGGGGAUAGCAGUUAUGGAUGGUUUGAUCCCGCUGAGCUAAUCCCUUUUGAGCCAAAUUUUGCUGAAAAAUCACAACAGACAACUUCAAGGAACUUUAUCAAGGCUGUGGAGGAGGCAGUGGAUGAGGCAAGUCGGAGGCGUGGCCUUGGGUUAACUUGUAAAUGCAGGAACGCGUACAACUUUCGGCCUACAAAUGUACAGGGAUAUUUUGUAGUUGAUGUGCCUGAUUAUGAAGCAGGAGGAGUUUAUUCAGCGAAUCAGAUUAGGAAAGCUAGAAAUAGCUUCAAGUCCAGGGAGGCACUUUCAUUUGUUAAACAGUUGGCCCUGGUACCUCAAGAUAGUGACCUGAAAAGCUUAGAAUUUAUUCAGAGCAGAGCUACUGUUUUUGCUUUUCGCAGGGCAGUGUUUGAGGAGUUUGACGAGACAUAUGCACAGGCUUUUGGCGUGCAGUCAGCACGGACUUCUAAUGAUAUAGGUGUCAUACCCAAUCAGCCUGUCAAGCAGCCACCUAGAGCUCCUUUGAGUGGUCCACUUGUUAUUGCUGAAACAUUGGGUGGUGCAAAGAGUGCUAAAAAGCCCAUUAAAGUAAAGGAUCAUUCCAAGAAAGACAGAUUUCUUUUCAAGAGAAGAGAUGAAUCAAGUGACUCAAAAACUGUUCAAAGUAGCCAAGGUCAAGUUAGUUCUUCAAUGCCAUCAGCCUACAUGGAGGGAUCAUCAGUAUUUCUAGCUGGGGAUUAUGUGUUGCAGAAGAGGGGACCUGUUUCUCAGAUGUCAUCAACACAUGAACAGGAUUUCAUCAGCCAGGAUGGUGCGAGUUUAAGUGGAGAUGUAUCUGGAAAAGUUGUAACAUUAGAUCAGGCUACACCUCAAGGUGCUGCUAUAGACAUAAAGCCAUCUUUUAAUCAGGAGGAGAAAAAAGGGGGUGCAGUUGAUGGAUCAUCUCCAGUCAUCCAGCAGGAAGUUAAUGCUCAAAUUGAUCUGAAACAUGAAGCUGGCACAUUGUCUGGAUCUCUUGAAGGAUUACAGAAACCUGAUCUGAACUCAACUCCAAAGGUUGAAGGUGGUCAGGGGCUGGAUCAAGCUCAGGAAGGUAGCACUGGUGGACUUCCUUCCGCUGCUGAUGCAAAGCGACCAGGUGGAACAAAUGUUGAUGGCCGGGUGAAGAAGGUAAAAGUUCUUAAACGACCUUUGGGGGACUUGGGCCUUGAGAGCUCUGUUAUGGUGGAGAAAAAGAAGAAAAAGAAGAAAGUGGUUGGCUUGGAAAUGAACUCAGAUAAUCUACACAAACAUUUGGCCCCUGGGAAAGUCAGGCCCACUGUCGGGAUUUUUCCUGGAAAAUUUGACCAGAUUGGUUUGGCCCCAAGAGAUGAAUCCCAGUUAAACAAACAAAAGAAAGACGUUGGUCCUGGUAAUUCCUUGCCCAAUUCUGCUGGGACAUCUGCUAUGGCUGCAACUGUAAGUUCUGGCCUUGAGCUUUCACAACUAUUGGAUGAUUUGCAUGCCCUUGCACUUGAUCCCUUCCAUGGCAUUGAAAGGAAUUGCCCAGGUAUCAUUCGGAAAUUCUUUUUGUGUUUCCGGUCCCUUGUUUACCAGAAAAGCUUGGUCCUUUCACCACCAUCUGAGAUGGAGCAACCUCCCUCAACUGUUGGAGCUUCUGAAAAUUCUUCUGAUGGGAAUGUAAGAACCUUGACGACUUCAAAACAAGUGAAAGCCCCUGGCAGACCCGAUGAUCCAGCAAGAAUCGGGCGAAAACGCCUUCCAUCUGACCGUCAAGAAGAAAUUGCUGCAAAGAAGUUGAAAAAGAUUAACCAAUUAAAAUCCUUAGCUGCAGAAAAGAAGGCCGCUCAGAAGAUUGGGGAAGGUCCACGAGUGGAGGUAAAAGAACAACUAGCAGUUUUACCCUCAGCAAAAUCAAUCAGAAAACCAGACUUUGUAAAGAAAAUGCAGCCUCCAGCUAGAGCUGCUGAGCCUACUAUGCUGGUGAUGAAGUUCCCUCCAGGGGUAUCACUUCCCUCAGUUGCAGAGCUGAAGGCCAAAUUUGGUAGAUUUGGGUCAUUAGACCAGGCAGCUAUCCGGGUGUUUUGGAAGUCCUCAACAUGCCGUGUUGUUUUCAGGCACAAAACUGAUGCACAGGCAGCAUUCCGAUAUGCUAAUGGAAACAAUUCCUUAUUUGGCAACGUGAGUGUGAAAUUUCUUAUCCGAACCGUGGAAGCUCCUGGGUCCGAGGCUCCAGAAUCUGACAAGACGCGAGGAGAUGAUGGUGUGAAUGAUUCCUUGCGAGUACUUGACAGACCAACACACCAGGCUCUUCCGCAGCAAACAGUCCAGCUGAAAUCCUGUUUAAAGAAGCCAACAAGUGAGGAGGCGGGUCAGGUAACUACUGGUGGUAGGGGAACACCUCGUGUAAAAUUCUUGUUGGGUGGGGAAGAAACUACUACUAGUAGGGGAGAGCAAAUGAUGGUUGGUAAUAGAAACAACUUCAACAACAGCAGCAAUGCUAGUUUUGCUGAUGCCGGUGCACAUUCUUCUUCUGUUGCAAUGGAAUUUAAUAGUAAGAACUUUCAAAAGGUCAUUCCUUCUCCAUCUCCAUCUCUAUUGCCUCUUCCUCCACUUGCUCCUCCAUUUACAAAAUCCCCACAUAAUAACAUGCUUCAAACUGAAGCAAUUCCCAGAAAUCCUCACAAUCUAAAUACUCCUCAAAGCGUAGAUAUUUCACAGCAGAUGCUAAGCCUUUUGACAAGGUGCAACGAUGUUGUCACCAACUUGACAGGCAUGCUAGGCUAUGUACCUUACCAUCCUCUUUGAUAGAAGGCCGGUUAAAAUCAAGUCUUGAUGAAAGACGAAAGGAGUUAUAUCAUCAUCACAUGUCCAAAGGUGCAUUACCACCCUCUGCAGCGGAUGGAACAGAAACAGCCUGCGGCCUCUCUUAUCUUACUUGGGUAAUUUGGCCCGGAAGAGAUCGAUAAUUAAGAAAACCCACAUGUUAAGGAUGAAUGUUUUGGGUUGGGAGUUCUUUUUUUUUCUUUUUUUUUUAUCUAUUUUGUAUGUGGCAUGUGCAAUUUGUACUGAGCUUAAUAGUGCAAAUAUUCUUGUCUGCAUUGACCCAGUUCAUUUUCAUUGUA